AUGGGCCUGGGGGCUCUGCUGGUCCUGCUGGUGGCCACCGCUUGGCAUGGUCAGGGGGUCCCAGUGAUACAGCCCAGUGGCCCUGAGCUGAUUGUGGAGCCAGGCACAAGGGUGACCCUGCGAUGUGUGGGCAACGGCAGCGUGGAAUGGGAUGGCCCCAUCUCCCCAUCUUGGACCCUGGACCCAGAUGCCCCCGGCAGCAUCCUGACCACGAAUAAUGCCACCUUCCAAAACACGGGGACCUAUCGCUGCACGGAGCCUGGAGACCCCCUGGGGGGCAGCGCCACCAUCCACCUCUUUGUCAAAGACCCUGUUCGGCCCUGGAAGGUUCUGGCCGAGGAAGUGACAGUGCUGGAGGGUCAGGAUGCACUACUGCCUUGCCUGCUCACCGACCCGGCGCUGGAGGCUGGCGUCUCGCUGAUGCGGGUGCGCGGCCGGCCUGUCUUGCGCCAAACCAGCUACUCCUUCUCACUAUGGCACGGCUUCACCAUCCACAAGGCCAAGUUCAUUGAGAGCCAGGACUACCAAUGCAGUGCUCGGGUAGACGGCAGGACGGCGACGUCGAUCAGCAUCCGGCUUAAAGUGCAGAAAGUUGUCCCAGGGCCCCCAACCUUGACACUGGAGCCUGCAGAGCUGGUGCGGAUUCAAGGGGAAACUGCCCAGAUCGUGUGCUCAGCCAGUGACGUUGAUGUCAACUUUGACGUCUUCCUCCAACAUGAAGACACCAAGCUCACAAUCUCUCAACAAUCCGACUUCCGUGAUAACCGUUACCACAAAGUCCUGACCCUCAGCCUCGGUCACGUGGGCUUCCAAGAUGCCGGCAGCUACUCCUGCGUGGCCACCAAUGCCCAGGGCGUCCGCUCCUCCUCCAUGGUCUUCUGGGUGGUAGAGAGUGCCUACUUGAACCUGACCUCUGAGCAGAACCUCCUCCAGGAGGUGACCGUGGGUGAGAAGCUCAACCUCAAAGUCAAGGUGGAGGCCUACCCAGGCCUACAAGGUUUCAACUGGACCUACUGGGGACCCUUCUCUGACCACCCACCCAAGCUCACUUUUACGACUGUCGAGGACACAUACAGGUACAGCUCCACCCUCUCCCUGCCUCGCCUGAAGUCCUCUGAGGCCGGCCGCUACUCAUUCCUGGCCAGAAACGCCAAAGGCGAGGAAACCCUGACCUUUGAACUUACCCUGCGAUACCCCCCAGAGGUAACGGUGUCGAGAGCCCUUAUCAAUGGCUCCGAGGCCCUGCUCUGUGUGGCCUCUGGGUACCCCCAACCUAAUGUGACAUGGCUGCAGUGCGGAGGCCGCACUGAAAGAUGUGAUGAUGCCCAAGUGUUGGUCUUGGAGGACUCACACCCUGAGGUCCUGAGCCAGGAGCCCUUCCACAAAGUGACUGUCCAGAGCCAGCUGGCUGUUGGGACCUUGGAAUACAACAGGACGUAUCAGUGCAGGGCCCACAACAGCAUGGGGAACAGCUCCCAGGCCUUCUGGUCCAUCUCUGUGGGAGCCAGCAUGCAGCCCCCGGACGAGCCCCUGUUCACACCGGUGCUGGUCACCUGCAUGUCCAUCAUGGCCUUGCUGCUGCUGCUGCUGUUGUUGCUUUUGUACAAGUACAAGCAGAAGCCCAAGUACCAGGUGCGCUGGAAAAUCAUCGAGAGCUACGAGGGCAACAGCUACACCUUCAUCGACCCCACCCAGCUGCCCUACAACGAGAAGUGGGAGUUCCCCCGCAACAACCUGCAGUUUGGUAAGACCCUCGGAGCUGGCGCCUUUGGGAAGGUGGUAGAGGCCACGGCCUUUGGUCUGGGAAAGGAAGAUGCUGUCCUGAAGGUGGCUGUGAAGAUGCUGAAGUCCACGGCUCACGCUGACGAGAAGGAGGCCCUCAUGUCAGAACUGAAGAUCAUGAGUCACCUGGGCCAGCAUGAGAACAUAGUCAACCUGCUGGGAGCCUGCACCCACGGAGGUCCUGUCCUGGUCAUCACCGAGUACUGUUGCUAUGGCGACCUGCUCAACUUUCUUCGAAGGAAAGCUGAGGCCAUGCUGGGACCCAGCCUGAGUCAGGGCCAGGACCUUGAGGCGGGAACUGGCUACAAGAACAUCCACCUGGAAAAGAAAUACGUCCGCAGGGACAGUGGCUUCUCCAGCCAGGGUGUGGACACCUAUGUGGAGAUGAGACCCGUGUCCACUUCCUCUUCAAAUGACUCGUUCUCUGAGCAAGACCUGGACAAAGAAGACGGGUGGCCGCUGGAGCUGAGGGACCUGCUCCACUUCUCGAGCCAGGUGGCCCAGGGCAUGGCUUUCCUUGCUUCUAAGAAUUGCAUCCACCGGGACGUGGCGGCCCGAAAUGUGCUGCUGACCAGUGGGCGUGUGGCCAAGAUUGGGGACUUUGGGUUGGCCAGGGACAUCAUGAAUGACUCCAACUACAUCGUCAAGGGCAACGCCCGCCUGCCUGUGAAGUGGAUGGCUCCUGAGAGCAUCUUCGACUGCAUCUACACAGUGCAGAGUGACGUCUGGUCCUACGGCAUCCUGCUCUGGGAGAUCUUCUCACUCGGGCUGAACCCCUACCCUGGCAUCCUGGUGAACAGCAAGUUCUAUAAACUGGUCAAGGACGGAUACCAAAUGGCCCAGCCUGCGUUUGCCCCAAAGAACAUAUACAGCAUCAUGCAGGCCUGCUGGGCCCUGGAGCCCACCCACAGACCCACCUUCCAGCAGAUCUGCUGCUUCCUUCAGGAGCAGACCCAAGUGGACAGGAGAGAGGACUACACCAACCUGCCAAGCAGCAGCAGCAGUGGCAGCAGCGGCAGCAGCAGCGAGCCAGAGGAGGAGAGCUCCAGCGAGCACCUGGCCUGCUGUGAGCAGGGAGAUAUUGCCCAACCCCUGCUGCAGCCCAACAACUACCAGUUCUGCUGA